AACGUAACUCGGCUUAGUUUUCCACUUCCUGUUAGCAUUGGACAGAUAGCGGACGAGCAGUCGAUAAAAUACCGAUAUAUUAAUGUAAAACUAGUCCAUAAUAGCUCAGGAACGUGACAUUCUGGAGUCCAGGGGGACGGCAUUUAGGAAACAAAAAUGAUCCGCUUUAUCCUCAUCCAGAACCGAGCAGGGAAGACACGGCUGGCCAAAUGGUACAUGCAGUUUGAUGAUGAUGAAAAACAGAAGUUGAUUGAGGAAGUCCAUGCUGUGGUUACUGUCAGGGAUGCCAAGCACACCAACUUUGUGGAGUUCAGGAACUUCAAGAUCAUUUACCGGCGUUAUGCUGGUCUGUACUUCUGCAUUUGUGUGGACGUGACCGACAAUAACCUGGCAUACCUCGAAGGAAUCCACAACUUUGUAGAGGUCCUGAAUGAAUAUUUUCACAAUGUGUGUGAAUUGGACCUUGUAUUCAACUUUUACAAGGUUUACACAGUGGUGGACGAGAUGUUCUUGGCAGGAGAGAUCCGGGAGACCAGUCAAACCAAGGUCCUCAAGCAGCUCCUCAUGCUCCAGUCACUUGAGUAGACGAGCAUCUGUCCUUCCUGUUCCUGCCCACUUAUCUGCUGCCCUGGCAUCCAAACUGACCUUCCUCUUGUUUCUGUCACUCUUGAAAGGAGUCUCGUCACUUUCCUGUCUCUACAGGGCCAACACUUCAGGUUAUUUAGAAAGGAAAUGCACAGUAUUGUUAACAUAUGGAUAUUUAGGUUCAACUAUCCUGUUUGCCCUAGCAGUCAAUAUGUUGUAACAAUCUCUACCUGUUGGACAGAUAUGUAUGUCCUACGGCCCAUGCAGGAAAGUUCAACAUUGAAUCAUUUCAAAUUGUCCCUAGGUUACAGUCAACUUUCUACUGUUUGUUUUUCCACAUAGCCAGAGGCUGCAGAAAUGAGUGAUUUCAUGCAGUAAUCAGUUUGUCAUGGCAUAAAUCCCUAUGCGGUGUGGAAAUCAGAGUGGCACUGCUCUCUCCUGCCCUCUUCUGUGUCUCAUUUACUAAACAUUUAUUUAAUGGCACUACUGUUACUAACAAGCACCAUAAAGGCAGACCACCUAUAACAGCCCUUGAGCUUUAAGAACUUAAAACAGCCUUGAAGCCAUUUAUACAAGGCUUUGUUAGGGUUGUGGUAUUCAUUAAGACUUCUGUGCUUUAUCUGGAUCACAGUCUAAGCAAACUAGGAACAAAAAGCAUUUCAGAGCUGUUGACUCAGUGCAGGAAGUUCAUUACUGAAUGGAGUGUACUCCGAUUGAGGGCCUUUUUGACAGUGUUAUGGCAACCUGCUCUGUGUCAAGCGUCCUCAUGUAUGAUGAUGAUGAUGGAGGUUAAGUUUGAUCAGGUGGUCGUGCUUUCAAGGAUUUGAUGACAACAAAUGGUGCUUGUUGGUCACUCCUAAAACACUUAAAAAAAAAAAGAAAAGAAAAAAAAAAGCCUGGGCAUAGAAAUAUAUUUUACCUAAAAGCAGUACUGUGAAGCUUGCUUUGUAUGGUGUGUGUACAUACAGUGUAAUCUGUGUUGAAUAUCGUGAAAUUAACACAGUCAUCAGUGAACGAGUGGUUCUUAGUCACAUUUACAUGUUUAAGAUCCAUACAUUCCUUUGGCGUCACCUAAAAUAAAUAGCAUUUUAAAUUCCCAUGUGACGCCAGACAGUCUUUUUAUUCAUGUUUCUUUGCUGGAAUUAAAUGUUUAUGAAAUUAUCAAACUCUAUUUCAUCCAUAUUCAGUCAGUCAGAUGGCUUCGUAUGAUCAGUUUUUGUAUUAUUUUUUUUUAAUUGUACACAAUAGUAAAAUAUGUACUGCUUCCCCUUUUGUCUACACGUGAGUUUCUUGCUGGAGGAUUUGUUCUCACGAUCUACAUCAGUAUGUCCCAUUUUGUGUAAAUAAACAUUAAGUCACCCACCUUU